AUUUCCAUCUACAGAAUUAGCGCUUCCAUUACCUUCCUCGAUCUUCACUUUUGGCAAAAUUUUCUCGUUAGAUUCGUGAAGAAAUGGAUUCCCACGCAUCGGAGGCCUCCAAUCGAGCGGCUGACGAAGAGGCGGUCGUGCGGCGUGUCGAGCGAUUGUCUUUGCACGUGAACCCACCGCCGGCAUUUUGGAGCGGGUUGGAAAUGGCGGCGUGCGCUGGGCGUGCAAGGAUCGAGGUGGACAGGGAGAAGCUGUCUGAGUACAUCAGGGGGAAGUACACGGACGUUCAGCUGAAGGUGUACGAGUACUUUAAUUCGAGGCCGGAGCUUCAGACGCCGCUGGAGAUAUCGAAGGACGAGCACCGUGAGCUCUGUAUGAGGCAGAUGAUGGGGAUCGUCAGAGAGGCGGGGAUUAGGCCGUUUAGGUACGUCGUGGAGGAGCCUGCGAAGUAUUUCGCGAUUAUUGAGGCAGUCGGCAGCAUCGAUAUGUCUUUGGGGAUUAAGAUGGGCGUUCAAUACAGCCUUUGGGGAGGCUCUGUCUUAAACUUGGGAACAAAGAAGCAUCGAGAUAAGUACUUUGAGCGAAUUGACAACUUGGAGUAUCCAGGCUGCUUCGCCAUGACUGAACUUCACCAUGGUUCAAAUGUUCAAGGCAUCCAAACAGUUGCAAAGUUUGAUCCCAUUACAGAUGAAUUCAUCAUUGACACGCCAAAUGAUGGGGCCAUCAAAUGGUGGAUUGGUAAUGCUGCAGUUCAUGGAAAAUUCGCAACGGUAUUUGCAAAGCUUUUGCUGCCCACCCAUGAUGCCAAAGGUGCUUCCGAUAUGGGCGUUCAUGCAUUCAUUGUUCCAAUUAGGGAUAUGCAAACCCACGAACCGCUACCUGGAGUCGAAAUACAUGAUUGUGGCCAUAAGAUCGGAUUGAAUGGAGUUGACAAUGGAGCAUUGAGAUUCCAGUCAGUGAGAAUUCCUCGGGACAAUCUUCUUAACAGAUUUGGAGAUGUUGCACGAGAUGGGAAGUAUACGAGCAGCCUCCCAACAAUCAACAAAAGAUUUGCUGCCACAUUAGGUGAACUUGUAGGAGGCAGGGUGGGCCUAGCUUAUUCCUCAGUUGGAGUUUUGAAGAUUUCUGUUAUAAUAGCUGUCAGAUAUUCAUUGCUGCGUCAGCAGUUUGGUCCCCCAAAGCAGCCUGAGAUUAGUAUCCUCGACUACCAAUCCCAGCAGCAUAAACUCAUGCCCAUGCUGGCUUCGACUUACGCGUUCCAUUUUGCCUCAUCGUAUCUGGUGGAUAAAUAUUCAGAGACAAAGAAGAGUAAAGACGAACAGCUGAUAGGUGAUGUCCAUGCCCUUUCUUCCGGACUCAAGGCGUAUAUCACUUCGUACACUGCAAAAUCGUUGAGCAUAUGCAGAGAAGCCUGUGGGGGCCAUGGCUAUGCUGCUGUGAACAGAUUUGGGAGCUUGAGGAACGACCACGACAUCUUUCAGACUUUCGAAGGGGACAACACUGUCCUCCUACAGCAGGUUGCAGGUUACUUGUUGAAGCAAUACCAAGAGAAAUUCAAAGGAGGGACACUGUCAGUGACAUGGAACUACCUGAGGCAAUCCAUGAACACAUAUCUCUCGCAGCCUAACCCGGUGACUGCUCGAUGGGAAGGCAGUGACCAUCUUCGGGAUCCCAACUUUCAGUUGGAUGCAUUCAGGUACCGGACUUCCCGACUACUUCAAAGUGCUGCUGUUCGGCUCCAGAAGCACUCAAAAACUCUUGGGGGAUUUGGGGCUUGGAACAGAUGUUUAAACCACAUUUUGACUCUAGCAGAGUCUCACAUAGAAAGCGUUAUCCUCGCAAAAUUCAUCGAUGCCGUGAAAAAUUGUCCCGAUGAAAACUCUCGCAGCGCCCUGAAACUUGUGUGCGACUUAUACGCCUUGGAUCGCAUCUGGAAUGAUAUUGGAACAUACCGGAAUGUGGACUACAUCGCUCCUAACAAGGCCAAGGCAAUUCACAAGCUGACAGAAUAUCUAAGCUUCCAAGUGAAGAACAUUGCGAAAGAACUCGUCGAUGCUUUCGAACUUCCGGAUUACGUGACGAGGGCGCCGAUAGGAACACAGGCGCCCGAAGAGGCUUACACACUCUACACUCAAUACGCCGGCUUUUAAAGCGACGGAUGCAUUCAACACGUCAUCAAGGUUAGUCGAAUGUCGAUCGAAUCACACUUAAGACUUAUCCGGAUACGAAAAUAAAAUCACUUGUAUACUGUAUAGACUAUGUUGUUCUACACUGAACUUCAUUCAUCUUUAUUCACGAGCUUCGAAUGUUUUGGCAUUA